UGUCAAGGCAUAUCAAAGUCGGACACCUGCUUUGGAACUUAGUUUACUUGUUAAUCCUAGGAAGUGUGCAUGUGCAUCAUGAACAUAUUGGUCAAAACCUUUCUUUUUUCCACUUUCCUAAUUUACUCUAGCAGCGAGCCACUUGGAUACAUGGUAAUGGCUGAUUCCGGAAAUGGUUUAGAAAAUAUGCCUAAAGUUGAACAAAUUGACAUUGAUAAAGAGUUACAGAAGGAGUUAAAUACAUUGGAAAGUCGGCUUCAGUUCAUUGAGACAACUUUAAUUCACUUUAAGAAAGAUUAUGAUGUUUUGAAUGAAAGCUACAAUAAUAUGAAAACUCAGUUUGAUCAAGCCACUGCACGGAUAAACCAACUAGAAAAUUCAACACAAAAAACCAGAAUGGAAGUAGUUGAGCAAAACCUGAAGUAUUCGGAUUUGCAGAGUGUUAACUCUAACCUUCAGAAAACAGUGAAUGACACGAAUAUUCGACUGAAGACUAACACUGCCGCUUUGUCCACGGAAAUAAGCAAUAUAACUGAUGAGGUAAUAAAUAUGUCUGACAUGACCAGUCGUGACUUUGCCUCUCUCAGGAACAAAGACUUGAUUCUAGAAAACAAGUUCCAAGAAAUUUCCAAAAACCAACUCUCCAUAGCAUCAACUCUUAACCAGAUCAAGUUUCAAAAACGUAAGCCUGUUGUCUUUGUGGCAAAGCUAUCUCGAGACGUUAUAUUAUCAGACAGAGAAAUAAUAACCUUCGAUGAUGUAAAGUUGAACGAAGGACUUGGUUUUGACCCCAUCAGAGGAGUGUUUACCUCGACAACCAAUGGUAUCUACACAUUUUCCGUACUUGUCGAGUCUACAAAUAGGGCUGUAAGAGCAGCUAUUUAUAGAAACAAUGAACCUUUUGCUCAGAUAUCUGGGCAACUGCUAAACAGAGGGGGAGCAUUGGCAUCAUCCACAACUUACGUUCAUCUGGAUGAGGGCGACAGGGUGUGGAUUCAGUGGACAGGAGAUAAUGCAAUGAUAGGACACCUGCAGUCACAGUUUACAGGUCAUCUUCUCAACAUUUGACCUUACGUAUAAAAGC